AUGACCACUAUCAUGGAUGGAGAUACUAACCCGGCCCUUGCCAGAGCCGGAUCGAAGGCCUCAGUCAUGCAUGUUCAAGACGAUAUUUUGAUCGCCAGUUGUGACAUUGACGCCGGUGACCGGGCGUUUAUUAUCGUCACUGAUAUUCUACAGCGACGUGCUGGUUUUAUCGUCAAUUGCGUCAAGCCCCAACCUCCUGGGAAGGUCGCUGGCUUCUGUGGUCUCCAACUUUGUGCGAAGAUCUACCGGCCUACGCCAAGCCGCAGGGAGUUUACUGAAGCCACCUACACUGUGGCUCUAAAUGACUCCAUCAACUGUAAUCCCAACAGAGGCAAAAGAG